AAUGUGCAGUAUUCUUGAAGUAUGUUUAUGAACAUGUCACUGUUGGCAGGUAUCCUGUGGUGCUGUCCAUAGAAGAACACUGUGACGUCAAGCAGCAAAAAAUGAUGGCUCAGGUGUUCAAAGAUAUUUUCCAAGACAAGCUCCUGACCGAGCCGCUGGAACCAGAAGCAGAACAAUUGCCGUCACCAACCCAACUGAAGGGCAAGAUCAUCAUCAAGCACAAGAAACUGAAUAUUGAUGAGACCUUUAGCAAAAAGGACCUACGGAAAGGAGAUAAGCAGGGAGAGCUCUUCAUCUGGGAUCCAAUCGAUGAGAGAUGGAACAAGCACUACUGUGUGAUCGAGAAUAAGACAUUGUAUUUUGCUGAGGAGAAUGAACUACUACUAGAGGAGGAUGUUGGAAAGUCACCUCAGGGCGGUACAGAGCUUCAUCAGUCAGAGGCCUGGUUUCACGGGCGGAUGUCAGAGGGCAGACAGACAGCCGAGAGACUGCUGCAGGAAUAUUGUGCAGAUUCAGGUGGAGUUGACGGGACAUUUCUGGUGCGGGAGAGCGACACCUUCGUCAAUGAUUGCACCCUCUCGUUCUGGUAAUGUAGGCCUGCUCUACUCUUUAGAGAGAGAGGAG